AUGGAUUACAGUCCGUUCAAAGAUUAUUUGAAUUUCAGUUCUCUUUUAUUUAAAGAAAGAGAAGAACAUGUCGAGAAGACUACAGAAUUGUUAUCUGAAACAGAGGUUGAUUAUUGGGCAAACUCGAUUAGCUCAAUUGAAGAUAUUUUAUCAUCGGAGCCGUUUACUUCUGAUUCUUUUUCGGAUGAAGACCUUGAUGUAUUUGAAAAUAUGCCUGACGCAACAGACAACAACAUGAUGGCUGUACAAAUAUAUAACAAUGAUCAGGAUCAGUUGUGUCGGUCGGACUCUCUUUCGUCCGGUGAGACCGCAUCUUCCGGAGAAAACAGCUUUUCAGAUGAAGGAUAUUCCAGUGAUUACCUUUUGUCAGCUUUUCUAAGACAAUUGAACGGUAGCUCUGAUAAUAUGGUACAAGCUCCGCUACAAUACCAGAUAAUGCCAGCUAAACCCGCUUCCGAAGAGAAAUACUGCAUUCUUUGUAAACGGAACGGUGAAACCAGAGAAUAUUACACUACACAUGUGUUGAAAGACAAUAGGGGAAAAGUAAUAUGCCCAGUACUCCGCAAGUACGUUUGCCCGAAGUGUAAAGCCACAGGGGAUAACGCCCAUACACUCCGCCAUUGUCCGUUCUCUGAUGCCCAGGGGUCGUCCACUACGGAAACCUGUUACACCCUAAGAAGUAGCUGCGGAAGACGAAGAAAGAAGAUCGCCUAA